CCCUAGACGCGCGGCAGGCAGCCGACCCGGUCGCUCCCGUUCCCGGUCUGAACGGAGGCGGCCGUAUAAAGGCCUUCUCCUCCCGCCUCUCCCGGCGGUUAUCUUCACCAGCGAGCCAAGGACACACAACCGCCGGCGCCCGGUCCCCGACUGACGUGCAGCGAAAGGGAAGCGAGGGGAAGAUGGACCGGUACCAGAGAGUGGAGAAGCCGAGGGAGGAGGCGCCCAUUAAGGAAAACGAGAUCCGCAUCACCACGCAGGGGAGGAUGCGCAACUAUAUCACCUACGCCACCGCCUUGCUCCAGGACAAAGGUUCCGAUGAGGUUGUAUUCAAGGCCAUGGGAAGGGCUAUCAAUAAAACUGUCAUGAUUGCAGAAUUGAUCAAGAGGAGGAUUGUUGGUCUCCAUCAGAAUACCACCACUGGAUCUACUGAUAUUACUGAUAUGUGGGAGCCAUUGGAGGAAGGCCUACUUCCGCUUGAGACAACAAGACAUGUCUCUAUGAUCACUAUAACUCUUUCAAAGAAGGAGCUGGACACAUCGUCUAUCGGAUAUCAAUCUCCAUUGCCUGCUGAUGAAGUGAAGCCUUUGGUUGAAUAUGAUAAUGAUGAAGAUGCACACUCACCUGGUGGCCGAGGAAGGGGUCGUGGUGGUCGAGGCCGUGGGCGGGGCAGGGGUAGAGGAAGAGGUGGACGUGGAAAUGGGUACAACGACUAUGCUGAUGUCGGUUGGGAAGAUGAUCACGCCCCUGCAUAUAUGGGCAAUGGAUAUCCCCGUGGAAGAGGUCGUGGUUUCAGGGGCCGUGGCAGGAGAGGCGGCUACAAUGGCCAGCCUGAUUACCAACAGGAUGGAGGCUAUUAUGAGGAGGCACCUGUUCAUGCUCCAGCCCGAGUGCAAUUGGUAACCAGGUCGAGGCCGUGGUCGUGGGAGAGGCCCAUCCAGAGGUAGAGGACGUGGUGGCAAUGCAAACGGGGUGAUGCAUGCUGCUGCACCAGGUGCAUAAGCCGUUUGUUACCAGUCUGGACUGGUUUGUUGGAUGCCUGCUCCAAAUAUGAAAAUGUAUCAUCUGUUGUUGUCAGUUAACGUUAUACUUGGUAUAAGAUUGACAUUCUGUGUCGGAAUGCAUCCAGGUUUUGAUAUUUGACUAGGUCUGUAGGGUAGCGUCUUUACAAUGCUUCCUCCUUCCCAGUAGAUGUCUUAAACUAAUUGUAGUUUCGUAAAGGUUUAGAGCAGGGCAUUCUUUCUAUUUUUUUAAUAUAAAAACGAAGUCUUGUUCCAUGUUCAAAUGUGCACGCUUUUGUAUGUGCUUGUUUUUGAAAUGCAAGUUCGAUUUAAAAGUA